ACGGCACCAGCUAUCAAAGUCCGCCUCUUCUAAUGAAACUGAGUCCGUCUCCCGCUCGCGGAAUUGUUGCAGCAGCACGUCCCUCGACGCACUCCCCAACCUACGAAGCGCUCCUCCGCGCCGGGCCCCGCCUCCGCCCUCUGCAGCAGGUUCACGCUCGCAUCGUCGUCGUCGGCCUCCACCGCACCCGCUCCCUCCUCACGAAGCUCCUCACCCUCGCCCUUUCGUCGUCCUCCUCCGCAUCCGUCGCGGCCUACGCCCGCGCGCUCUUCCUUUCAGUACCCGACCCGGAUGCCUUCCUCUUCAGCUCCUUCAUCGCAGCCGCCGCAAGAUCUGGACGUCCUGCCGACGCCAUCUCCUUCUACCGCCGAAUGUCCGCCGCCGGGUUUGCUCCUUCGAAUUACACCUUCACCUCCGUCGUCAAAGCCUGCGCCGAUCUCGCCGCGUCCAGGACUGGCCGAGUUGUGCACUCGAGGUCCCUGGUCGAGGGAUUCGAGUCCGAUGGGUUCGUUCAGACGGCGUUGGUGGUUUUCUACGCCAAGUCGGCGAACUUGCACAUUGCACGGAAGCUAUUCGACAGAAUUCCUAAGAGGACCGUCGUUGCUUGGAACGCGAUGAUUGCUGGGUACGAACAGAACGGGCUCGCCGAGGAAGCUGUUGUCACCUUUCGAAAGAUGCAGGAGGCAGGCGAGGAGCCGGAUUCAACCACUCUGGUGAGCUUGCUGUCUGCUUGCUCUCAUAUCGGAACCUUCAAUCUUGGCCAGUGGGUGAAUGACUAUAUAGAACACAAAGGUUUGAAGGUCAAUGUGGUCCUUGGCACUUCACUAAUCCACAUGUAUGCUCGGUGCGGACAUGUAGAAAAGGCUCGAAAGGUGUUCGAUGAAAUGCCAGAAAGAAACAUAGUUACUUGGACUGCAAUGAUGUCAGGGUAUGGGAUGCAUGGACAUGGACAGCAAGCGAUCGAACUCUUUCAGCAGAUGAGAUUAAGUGGUCUGUUGCCUAAUGAUGUAACAUUUGUAGCGAUCCUAUCUGCUUGUGCACAUGCAGGACUCAUAUGCGAGGGACGGGAGGCCUUUGUGUCUAUGAAGCUAGACUACGGUCUGGUGCCGCGGGUGGAGCACCAGGCUUGCAUGGUGGACAUGCUCAGCCGAGCUGGGCUCCUGGAUGAAGCAAUGCGUUUCAUAAGGAUAGACAUGGAAGGGAAGGCAAGCGCAGAAGUAUGGACAGCCAUUCUCGGGGCCUGCAAAAUGCACAAGAACUUGAGACUUGCUACAAUGGCAGCGGAGCAACUUCUUGCUAUCGAACCUGAGAAUCCUGCACACUAUGUUCUGCUGUCGAACAUAUAUGCGUCGGUUGGCAGGAUGGAUCAGGUGGAGAAGAUAAGAAACUUAAUGAUCGACAGGCAAUUGAUGAAACAAAUCGGGUAUAGCUCGAUAGAGAUUGACGAAGUGUCCCAUGUCUUCCGCAUGGGAGAUGCAUCUCACCGACAGACCAUGGAAAUCUACAGGUAUUUGGAUGGAUUGAUGGAUAAGAUCAAGGAAGCAGGUUAUUUGCCGGAAACUGGUUCGGCAUUGCACGAACUGGAGGAAGAGGAAAGGGAAGUUGCACUCAGAUUCCACAGCGAGAAGUUGGCCGUGGCAUUUGGGAUCAUGACUACCUCUCAGAGUACAAUCAUUAAGAUUUUUAAGAACUUGAGGAUGUGCGGCGAUUGCCAUUCAGCUUUCAAGUUCAUAUCGCUUGUGUCGAGGAGAGCAAUUGUUGUCAGAGAUAACCGUCGGUUUCAUCAUUUUGAACAGGGCUUAUGUUCUUGUCAAGAUUAUUGGUAAUAGAGCAUGCAUCUUACACCAUCGUUAACAUGGUCGAUGGACAAA